CAGAAAUGAAAAUCGUGGUCGGUGAACAUAACCUCUUCUGAUUUAUAAAUUUUAAAUUAAUAAGAGGAGAAAACAAACAAUAAAAAUGUUAAGUCGCUCGAGUAUUAUAUUAAAUGCUUUACGACCUUUUGAAAAUACUUUAUUGGACAAUAUAAAAAUAGUAACAACUCAGCAAAAACGAACGACGUUUAUUCUGAAGCGUAAGUACCCACCGGGACUCCACAAAAAAUCCGGACCGCCCUACAAUGAAAAGUUCAAACACCGACACUUUAUCUACGAAUUAGUUGAGGAUACAAAAAUGCGAAAGCAUCAGCCCCUGGACGUUAUCCUUCUCAAUUACGUCGAAGGAAUUGGAGAAAAGGGUGAUCGAGUUUCUCUCAAGCCGACAUUUGCCUACAAUAAUCUCCUGCUUCCCGGUUUGGCGACUUACGCGACCCCCGAAAAUCUCCUGAAGUACGGACGCCCAAAAGAUGAAGUGAGAAAAACGACAUUCUCCUCGCCAUUUGUGGAGAGAACGAUGAACAUUCUUUCGACGUUGCUUCUGUCAGUCGUCAUGAAUGUCGAGACGCCCUGGACCGUGGAAAUCUGGCACAUCCGGACCAGUUUUCGUCGAGCUGGAGUUUAUGUUCCAGAAGAAGCCAUCACAAUGCCGGAAAAGACGAUUUCCGGGCCAAAUUUGGAUUACGAGAAUAAAGAAUUUUAUGUGACGGUGACGAUUAAUAAGCAGGAGCAGGUGAAAGUUCGCUGCCGAAUUCAUCAUUUUCAUCUCAAUUCGGCAAAGCAAUUGCCACCGCUUGACAAAUUUUAUAGUUUACCGAGCGAUCCCAUUUUUCCGGAAGACAAGGAAGUUCUGGAUUCGAUGCCGCGGCACAGAUUGUACCAGAAAGCUACGGCAGUCUGGACCCCUAAAGUAUCAUAUUAAUUUUUUUUUUUUUUUUUUUUUUUAAUAA